GGUAGUUUUGCCACUUAUGGAGAAUAUGGAUUAUGACAAAUGACUGACGAGGAGAAAACAUGAGUCUGGCUUGGCAUGAUGGCUGAGCUGAGAAGCUCAUGAAGCUUACAUGAAAUAUCCUAUAGAUACUUCUACUGAUUGGUAGUAGCCCAGAUGAAAUAAGGAUGUCAUAAGAUGGCAAUAGAUCUGGAGUAUGACCCAGUAUGAACUACAGAAGUGAGUUGAUGCCAGAUUUGUUACUGUCUUGGUGGCUUGAUGGCUCUCACUUUGUCUAUAAACCAAAGCCAUCUUUCUACCAAAGCAAUAAAGGGACAAUGCACAAUCUGACUACAGAAUGCUAUUUCCAAAGAAGUGAACUGUGAAGAAAGGACUCAUGAAUUUUGAUCACAGGGGCUUGGAGAGUGUCUCUGAUGUCUGCUCCAGCGAGGACCUUCCUGAGGUAGAGUUGGUGAGCAUGCUAGAAGAACAGUUGCCAGAUUACAAGUUACGAGUGGACUCUCUGUAUCUAUAUGAAAAUCAAGACUGGGUUCAGUCCCCUGCCUGCCAUGGCCGUCUUCCUGAAAUCACUUCUCCAGUUAAUGACGAUGAGCCCUUCCGUUACCUGAUUCUUGGCACGGAUAAUGUGGAGCAGAAAACCUACAGUGAUGCUGACAUGGUCAAACAUGUGUUAGCCGAGAAAGAACGGGACCUCGAACUGGCAGCUCGAAUUGGACAAGCCCUCCUUAAGCGAAACCAUCUGUUGACAGAACAGAAUGAAGCACUAGAAGAACAGCUAGGACAAACUCUAGAUCGAGUUAACCAGCUGCAGCAUGAACUGUCAAAGAAAGAUGACCUGCUUCGUAUUGUUUCGAUUGCUUCCGAGGAGAGUGAAACAGAUUCCAGCUGUUCCACACCACUUCGUUUCAAUGAGUCUUUCAAUGUAUCACACGAUCUGUUGCAGCUGGAUGUCUUGCAAGAUAAACUCAGAGAGCUGGAAGAGGAGAACCUUGCUCUCCGAUCAAAGGCUUGCCACCUGAAGACAGAAACCAUUACAUAUGAAGAGAAGGAACAGCAGCUGGUCAAUGACUGUGUCAAAGAGCUCCGGCAAACAAAUGCUCAAAUUUCCAGAAUAACAGAGGAGUUGUCAGAGAAGAGUGAGGAGGUGGUUCGCUACCAGGAAGAGAUCUCAUCCCUCUUGUCUCAGAUUGUUGAUCUUCAACAUAAACUCAAAGAACAUGUGAUUGAAAAGGAGGAGCUGAAACUUCACUUACAAGCUUCCAAGGAUGCUCAGAGACAACUGACAGCAGAGCUACAUGAGUUGCAAGAUCGGAAUGCAGAGUGUCUAGGGAUGUUGCACGAAUCACAAGAAGAAGUGAAGUUGCUGCGCAGCAGAGCCAGCUCUGUUGCUUGUCUCUGCCACCCCCAGUCAUGUGGAGCAUUUCCUGUGGAUUCCCUUGCAGCAGAAAUUGAAGGGACAAUGCGGAAGGAAUUGAAUCAGGGUGAUGAAUCUGUUCUCGCCAAGCAAAAGGGUCAACAGAAACGAGUAUUUGACACUGUCAGGGUUGCUAAUGUCACUCGUGGCCGGUCCUCUUCCUUUCCUGCUCCAUUGCCAAUCCCUGGAUCUAAUCAGUCAAGUGUUGUUAUGACAGCAAAGCCCUUCCAGUCUGGCGUACACCAGUUGGAGAGCCACACACAGAUGACCCAGAGGAGCAGCUCUGAGAAGAAUUUGAGAGACACUCAUAAUCCUGGCCAGCCAGGAACCCCUGGAGACAACGACUUAGUCACAGCUCUGCACAGGCUCUCUCUCCGUCGUCAGAACUACCUGAGUGAGAAGCAGUUCUUUGAGGAGGAAUGGGAGAGAAAAAUGUAUUUACUGGCUGAGCAGAAAGAAGGGGCUAGUGGCUGUAGUACACCGACAGAAAGUUGUUUUUCCCUGGGUACAAACUCAGAAUUCACCGAUCUCUCUGCCAGCUCUAGUAAUCUCCGUGUCCUCCUACCAGAAAAAUUGCAAAUUGUCAAACCCAUUGAAGGAUCUCAGACCCUUUUUCAUUGGCAGCAGCUUGCUCGACCCAACCUAGGCACCAUUCUUGACCCAAGACCAGGUGUUGUUACAAAAGGUUUUACCCCUCUGUCUGAUGAUACUGUGUACCGCAUCUCUGACUUGGAGGAGGAUGAUGAAGAAGAAGGUGAAGGAGGUAUAACAUUUAAAGUGCAACAGUCCUUCCCGGAGGAAAAGAAAUGCACAGUGGCAAAGCCAGUGACAGGGAUUUUCCUGCCACCUAUUACUUCAGCAGCAGUACCACUCACCGCCUCGAAUCCAGGGAAGUGUCUGUCUUCCACAAACUCCACGUUUACCUUUACUACCUGUAGGAUCCUUCACCCGUCUGAUGUCACUCAAGUUACUCCCAGCUCCAUGGGUUCACUUGGAAGUACUGGCAACAGUAUUGGAAACCCAGUAAUGAGCACUCCAGCUGUUUCUUACAGGCUUAGUAUUGGAGAAUUUCUCACCAACAGAAGAGAUUCAACUACUACCUUCAGCAGCACAAGUAGUCUGGCAAAGCUUUUGCAAGAACGAGGCAUCUCUGCCAAGGUUUACGAUAGCCCUAUGUUAGAAAAACUGCCUUUGCUACAGCCCCCUCGAACUCUCCCUAUUCCUUCUACUCCACCAAAUUCUCCCUCGCAUUCACCUUGUCCUUCCCCUCCACUGUUUGAGCCUCGAGUGCAUCACUCAGAAAAUUUCCUGGCUUCUCGACCAGCAGAAACUUUCUUGCAAGAAAUGUAUGGCCUAAAGCCCGCCCGUAAUGCUCCAGAUGUAGGCCAGCUGAAGAUGAACCUAGUGGACAGACUGAAGAGGCUGGGUAUUGCCAGAGUGAUCAAGCCCCCUGAGACACAGGACCACAGGAAGAAUCAAGGGCCAGAGGUUAGCUUGCGGAGGCAGGACUCGGCUGUGUUUUUAAAUGCAGGUAGCAACUUAAUGGCACGACUGAGAAGAAACCAGAGCCUUCCAGCCAUGAUUGGAGCGUUGGGAGCUCCAGUUUGCACACAGUCAUCGAAAAUGGAUAUCCUAAAGGAGGACUGACUGGUCUGAAAAAUGAUUGACUUCUAGCAUAGUAAAUAACAUAUGAGGGAUAAACAUCCAGUACAGGCAUUGUUAGAUGUGUUACAGAAGAGUUGGAGAAGGCACGUGCAUGUCAAAGAUGUGGGAGAGAGAGGCGUUGGGAUCAAGGAGAAAAAGAGCAUUGCUUGGGUUUGAGGAAGAAGGCUUUUGCGGAAGAUAAGAAAGAAGAAACCAAAGUGUAGUUUUGAGACACCCUUCAGCAUCUGUCUUAACUUAAGCAAAAAUAAAAGACCAUUGUAGUCAUUCUCAGUAUUUUAACCUCUUAAACGGUAUGUGUAGAACUGUCUUGCAGGUGCUGUUUUAUUUUUUUCCAUCAUACGACCAUAGUUACCAGUCAGGCUGUAUCAUUUAAAUAUAGUAUUAAAAUAAGUCAGUCUGACCAGCACUAUUGGUCCAAAUUCCUCUCUGUAGCAAACAAAUAUGAAAAUUUGGAUUUUGUUUUUUUAUUCUCGUAUUUUCCAUUUCAGAAACUGUACUCUUGAACUCCUCUCCACUUUGAGAAGCAAGGGAGAGAACCUUUAGCUUUAUGUAAGAAAACAAAACUUCUGUUUAUGAACACAGAAACUGGUGGUCAGGAUUUAUAUUUUGAAAGAGUGCAAUUGUGCUAGUGAGGAAUUAACAGCAGUUCAUUUCUUUCCAGAGCUUCUGAAGCACAAGGAAGGUGCAAUGAGUAAGAAUUAACAAGCAGGAAAGUAUGUAUUAGGGUGAAAACUUCAAGCUAAGAAAUCUGUUCAAAGUGUGCUGUGCAUCUUUUUAAAUGAGGGUACUUUUGCACACACACACAAAAAAAUCUCAGGCACAUUUCUGUGUUGCAAAAGGAAAUAAAACCUAGGUGCUCAAUUCAGGGUUUCUUUUUAUUUGUGAUAAGCAGAGAGCAUUUUCUUCAAGUCAAGUGUUGGAAAUUCAGUAAACUGACUCUUCUCUUGACUGGUAGACAUUAUAUAUAUUUGAGAGUUCUGCAGUAAACUUCAUGCCUUUCAUUCACUUAUUUCUGACUUUAGGCAGGAUUUUGUUUAAAAGAUUUUAUUAAGAGCAAAAUUUACCAGUCUAUAUUCAGAAACAGGGAGAUGAAAGCUAAUGUUCUUUGUAGCAUUUCAAUGAACAUAAAUCAGUAUUGUCUACAUUGAAAUCCUGUGUUUUGAUGAUGGAGAGUGGUUCUGAACCUGAUUCUGAACAAAGCUGAGGCAGACUUCCCAUCUCAAAAGAGAAGUCCGUUUUAGAAAUCUGAUUUCUGUGUGGUAAUCAGCAAAGUAUUAACUGCCCAUGCUGAUUUUUUGAUUCCUUCCUGUCCAAGGUUCUAGUCAUAACUGAAUAAUCUACAAUAGAUUUAUAGUGUAACUUAAAGAAGAAAAAAUGUUUGCCCAGAAUUCCUUGGAGGAAUGGGACUUUGCUAGUGACCUGCAUGGAAACAGGUUCUUAAUCUGUAUGUAAUUUUUUUAUUGUACGUAUCAACAUUUUUAAAUUAUUUUAACAUUUAGUUUCCAUACACUUUAAAAUUAUUUUAGUUUCCAUACAAUUUGAUAAAACAGUCAAAAGUUUACCUUGCUUGUUACAGUGUAUGUGGGAUACAGCUGGUACCUGUCUGGGCACGCAGUGUGAAGCAUCAGUAUAAUUACACUGAUCUUCGUUUGCCGUAAGGCACAUCUGCCGUACUCAGCACCCUUGUUGCUGCAGGCUUGGGUGGAGAAGGGCAGGAAAAGAAAGCUCCUUAACCUGGUUUAUACGAAAUUUGUAAAGUGGCUUUUCUGCUUUUACAGUUCUAUAGAUCUUGUGAUGACUCUCUGAUACAACAGUGGGUUUUUUUAGUAAAAGGAAAAGGAGUAACCACUUCAAACUUGCACAGGGAUUCUUAGCAGAAACUUGUCUGUCAGCAGCGCACAGAAAUAUUCAGGAACUCCUGGAGUUGCCUUUUGCUCUCUAAGCAAAAUCUUACACUUAUAAAAGGUGAAUUUUAUUUAAAAUACUACAUACGGGUUAAUUUUGGUUUUUAAAUGAAAAAUAUUUAAUUUCUUCAUGUAAGUAUUCAUGUUUGUACAUACUUAGCUGUGCCUAGCUAAAUAAAGGUAAGAGUGAAAGGAGGGGGGGGAGGUAGUUUUGCUCUCCAGUGAACCAAGACCGGUAUGUCUGCUGUGUAUUCAUACCUUCUAGGGGAACACCAGGAAUGAGUUAACAAAAGAGUAGACAGUAUCAACAGAGAAGUGUAUAGUGUGUCAAAAGUAUGUCCAUUUUAUGUGUGUUUAUUAUAGGAAUACUUGUAAAUUACAGAGAAGUUUUUGAAGGUAUUACAAUGUGUUUCUAACUAGCUUCAUUAGAUAACUCCAGCCAUUGGAUCAUUCUGUGUGUUAUUAGCGGAAGCAGCAAAUCAGCUAAAUCAGAAUUCCUUUGGCAGCCCAGGUUUCAGUUAAAAUUAAUCUAAAAGCACAUUAAUUAAAUGUAUGUUUCUCUUUGGGAUGCUUCCAUAUUCCAUAGCCCAACAAUAUGAACUGGUUCAGUUCAAACAAUACUGCAGAUACGUCAAGAGGGGUUUUUUGUUUGUUUUCUGUAAGAUGAUGUAUCAUCAGAUACUUCAUGCAAGGCAAGAAGAAAAUGGAAGAAUCUUUAUACCGUUGUGUUUGUGUGUUUAUCCAGUUGGUUGAUGCUGUGGUGCAGUGUUGUCAAAAUUCUGUCAUGCAUUUAUACCUUUGGAUGGUCACGUGCAUUUUGUAUAUAUGUGCCUGGCCUGGGAAAAUUGGUACUUCUUCCAAGUUUACUGUUCUGUGCCAAAACCUGGAAGAUAAACUUUUUUGAAUAACACGUGUGUUUCUGAGAACAUACUAAAAGUUGCCAUCAUUCUAGGAACUGAUCUGGCUUCUCUUGCCUCCCAUAAGAGAGGAGACAAACUUGCAUGACUUAAGAUAGCUGAGAUCCUGCACAAAUGUGAUUUGGUUGAGUGCGAGGUAGAACUAGAAGGAAUGGAGAAUUGCAUUUCGGAAAGGUUCUGUUAUCUUGCAGGUUUGAGACAAAAACAUGCUAGAAAGAAAGGACUUACCCACAGUUGUGAAAGUUUCAAGAGAUGGAAGGAAAUUCUUACAGUAUUUACCUUUAUUCAGAUGGGCUUAAACCAAGCACAGAUGUAUAGCUUUCUAGUUUCACUGGUUUUGAUAAAUUCAGUGAUGCCUGCAUGGUCAAAAUACCUGUGGUCAAAGUUAAAAGUCUACUGGAGUCAAACAGCAGCAGAGAGGGAAGGAGAAUAUUGGGUUUGGGCCUCAUUUGGCUGUUACACGAGGGGAUUACACACAAUGUUUGAAUGGUCUGGAAACUUCAUGGUAUUUUUUUUCACCUGCUUUUUGCACCUACUGUUGUUUAAUAGUGGAAUGUAAAUUUGAUAAUAAACAUAUAUAACAUGCCAUUUUUCAGUAUAUUGGUCACCUUGUGUCGUUUGUUCCAGAUGUCAUCUUCUAUACAUUCUAUAUGUUCUAGAAUAAACGUAAAAUUAGGCCUUUUUUGGCUAAAAUGUAGUGAUUGUUACACUGUACAUGAGCUUAGUGAGUUGGUAUCUGCACAGGUGGUGGCUGUAAAAGCUGAGAAAUUGAUUUAAAAACUUGGUCAGGCUGGGCUGGGCUGUUUGCUGUUGUGUUUAUACCUCAGCAGUUCAAGGUGGCAGAUGUGCAGUGCAAGCUGUGUGGUUUGACUGCACAGUGAAUGUGCGAUGCUUAAACCUAGAGCAGAACGCUUACAGAGUACCUCCUGCUGCCGUUUGAAAAGCCUUUUACUUGAGAAUGAGAAACUUCACAAAUGAAGAAUAGCUCAUCAGCCUCUAGACACAAUAUUUGAAUGAGAGCCUCACUUUAAAUGAAUGUGUUCAUGUUUUCUGGAACUCUGGGGGGGUUUUGCUUGUGUGUGUGUGGUGUUUUGGUUUUUUUCCUGCUGUUAUUUUAUAGGGAAUAGAGGAAAUGUUCCUCUAGAAUUACAGUGUUAGACUACACUGUUGUUUAACAACACUACUGUUGUUUUUCCAUCUCAGUAGCUGAUGAUAUGUCAGCCCUCUGUAUUUGUGAUAAAAUCGGGGUAGAGAUUGCAACCAAGCUACUUAUCCUUGAAGAGUACUCCUUUGUGUAGGUCACACUGAAGUUCUCUUGGGAGAGAGGUGCCAAAUUCUUGCCACUCCUGUCAGCCUCUGCAUGCCACCUUCAGUACAAGCCCCUGUGCUCACAUUUCAGGCUGGAAGGUUCUGAUGAUUUUCCCCAAAACACUCAGUUCAUUUAGUGGUACAGAAUGUGAAAAACACCAAUUUUCAGCUAACAGGUUCUUACUUGAAUUAACCUAACAGUUACUGACAGCGGUUCCACUGGUAGUCUGAGUGCACGACAUCUCAAAGAACCGAGAACCACCGUUAUCCUAAGGUAAGUAUCCUGUGUGUAUUUAGGUUUCUUGUUUUUCCAACAUGAGGAGAAGGGCUUGCACUCUUGUCAGACUGAAAUUGUCUUUUCAGCUCAACUUUUCAUAUGCUGAAGCUUGAACUGGACAUUUUGAGGAGACAUUCUCGAGCUGCAAGCUGGAACAGCAGCAUCUGGGUUGCAAGGAACGUUGACCAAGUUUCCUUCACCAGCAAGUAGGUAACUUGCACUAUUUCCUAAUAAUAAUUGUAUUUAUGCACAUGAGUACUUCACAUGUUUGCAUUUGUAUUUGCAUGUCCUCAGAACAAAGGCCUGUGUUACCAACUUAACUAAUAACAUUAUAGAAGUGCGUUCCACAGCGGAGAAGCAUUAUGGCUGUAGGCAGCUAAAUGGUACUGGGGGAACGUUAGGUAUUAGUAGAAUUGGGAUUUCUGGCUACGUAUUCUCUUGGCAUCAAAGCUGUUCCUGGUACAUAUUGAAAGAAAAUUAAUGUCAGUAUACAAAAUCCUGUUGAACUCAGCUGUCCUGAAACACCUAAGCCAAGGACUACAGCUGGCUGUAAGAGUGUACAUGCUAUGUAAGAGCUUGGGGAGUCUUUUUUUUUUCAACUUGUUCUCUAGCACUUCGGAUGUAGUAAAAGAAGAGAGCUGUAACCCUCUUGAAGCUGCAGGAAAACAGCUAAUCACAAAAGCUCAAGCGUGCCUGAGGAAGAGCUUCCUGGAGAAAAUAGGUAUAUUAAGCCACCUAAAUCAAUGGGACUUUGGCAAUUCUGAAAAGAAAUUCUGGAGUAAUACUGCACAGAUGAUAAGACUUGGAAAUGCCUUGAGCUCCCUCCUUGUUUUCCCUUUAGUUGGUUACACUGUUAAGACUUUUGACAGUCUCCAAGGAGCAAGGGCCUUUAAAUAGCAUUUUAUACAAUGCAGAAGCAAAUGCAUGUAAGACCUUCUGUGUGGGCUGGAAUCUCCACUUGGAAAUAUCUCUAACUCUUGCAGCUGAGCUCUUGGUGCGUAGGUUUGGAUAACCCACGAGAAGCUGUGCUUUUAGCAGAAAUUUUCAAAUUAAUUGGAAGGACAGAAAACCUCUGUAUUGGUUUUAGCUGGGGUAGAGUUAAGUAGCCAG